AUGGAUUCGGUUUCCGUUACAUCACGCGAUCAGAUGAGCAUACUGGAUCAAUCCUAUGCCUAUGGAAGAUCACCUCUCACGCCGGACUCCAAAUCUAAAAGACUUUGCACGUACCUGUUCGGUGGCCGGAUCUCUCAUUCUCACUCACCAGCAAUCAAUUCGAGAUUGUUCGCUGCCGCAGGCGUGCCAUGGACCUACGAGCUUUGCGAGACAACAGACCCUCAACGCUUCGAGGACGUUUUGCAUCAAUCCGACUGUAUCGGGGCGUCGGUCACGAUGCCCAACAAGGUCGCGUUCAUGGCUGCGUUGGAUGACCUGACGGAGGAGGCCAGAGCCAUCGGAGCCGUGAACACCGUCUUCAUCCGGCUCGACGAGCAAGGACGACGUCGAUACAUUGGGACGAAUACAGACUGUGUCGGCAUUCGAGAGACGUUGCUGCAUAAUUCCCGCGCCAUCUCCGACAGUGCAUCUGACCGACCUGCCCUAGUCAUCGGCGCUGGCGGGGCCGCUCGAAGCGCCCUUUUCGCCCUCUGGACGUGGUUCCAGCCCCGCGAGAUCUAUCUGACCAACCGGCUGAAAUCGGAGGCUGCGGACCUUGUUGAAGGCAUCCAGAAGUCCAUCCCCGGCAUCAAGGUGCGCCAUGUCGACAGUGUGGCGGAAGCACAGCGACUACCGGCCCCGGAAAUCGUGAUUGGAACCGUCCCCGAUGACGAGCCUCGCGAGGCCGGCGAGGUUUUGUCAUGGCAAAUCUGCAAGGCACUUCUGCGCCGCAGAGACGGCGACGGUGACAAAGGAGCCGUCCUGGACAUGUGCUACCAACCGGCACGGACGAGACUAUUGAGACUGGCGGAGGAGCGCGGCUGGGCUAUCAUGCUGGGGACUGAAGUCUUGCCCAUAACCCUGAAACUUUCCGGCAAGGUCAUCAAGAAUCGAAUAUAUCGGACGCCUCUUAGCGAGUACGCGUCGACGUAUGACGAGAAGGAUAUUGAGAAGACGGGCAUCCCUAAGCCUCGAUACGUGGAAUUAUACCAGGAGCUCGCCGACGGCGGUGCAGGCCUCAUCUGCUUUGGCAACAUCCCAAUCGACCGCGACAACCUGGAAAAUUACAACAAUGCGGUCCUCGACCCGCGCAACCCCUGGGACCCCGUCGCGGCAUUCGGCCCUGCCAUCCGCGCCGCCCGGUCCCGCGGCGCCCUGUGUCUCCCCCAACUGCAAUUCCCAGGCCGGCAGGUGCCCGAGUUUCUGAAUCCGCGGCCCAAGUCGGCGUCCGAUGUGCAGCUCGGCCCAUGUCUGAACAAGACCUAUGGCAAGCCUGUCGCUCUGACCAAGGCGGAGAUCGCGGAGCUCGUCGCCCGCUAUGUCUGGGCGGCCGACGUGCUGGCACAAGCUGGUGCCGAUGGGAUCAUGCUCCAUGGUGCACAUGGGUAUAUUCUGAACCAGUUUCUCUCGCCUUUGACCAACCGGAGGACAGACGAGUACGGAGGGAGCCUUGAAAACCGCGCCCGAUUCAUCCUAGAGAUCGUCAAUGCCAUCAAAGCAAAGCUGCCGUCCGAUCAAUUCGUUAUUGCUGUCAAAUUCAACUGCCAGGACUUCAUCCAAGGCGGCCAAUCCUUUGCCGAGCAAUGUGUGGUGAUUAAAUGGCUCGAGGAGGCCGGGGUCGACUUCUUCGACAUCUCGGGUGGUACGUAUGCGUCGCCAGCCUGGCGUGGAAACAUCAUGACAGAGUUGGCCGAACGGCCCUCGCAAAAGGCCCGGGGUAGCUAUUUCGUCGAAUGGGCGCAAGAGAUGAAGAAGGUUCUGUCGCGCGCCGUCAUCGGCACUACGGGCGGCUGGCGCGAUAGCCACCGCAUGGCCGAGGCCGUAGAAAAUGGUGACGUUGAUAUGAUCGGGCUCGGCAGGACGUUGAGGGAAGACCCGUUCUUUGUCACCAAGGCCAUCAAAGGUGAAAUCAGGUUGAGCAAAUUGUAG